CGAUAUAAUUUUGGAAUUACAUAUAUCUAAAACAUACUCGAUCGGUGAUUAGUCUCCGUGGAAUACAACAUCUUGCAAGAAUUUCAGUUGCUUUUGAGGACUUAGAAAAUGAUGUAUCAAUGGCGUCAAUCCUAUCAUCGUUAUCAAUCUGCUGUACUGAUGGCAAUAGCAAUAGUGUUAUUACUACUGUUACCAGCGGCGAUGGGAGAUGAGAAUUCUAGGUCAAUUAUAUCUAGAUUCCAGGAAUACCUCAGACCGAUUUCAUCACCUCCCAAGCCAAGUCCCUCUCAUUGGACUCCCAAAUUUUGGAGUUGGUACCGGGCAAGCCACUUGUUCUCCUCAAGUGGGCCGGCAAUAACCCGUCUGAGUUCAACAAGUGGGACCACCCCCCUUUCGAUGCCCGACGAGGAAAUUGGCGGACAUGACGGCGCUGAGAAGUUCGCGUUGGGAUUGGCUUCGCCCACUCAAAAUUACAGGGUGUUCUACGGAGAGAGGUGCCCCUGGUGGCUUGUAUUGAAGGCUACACUUUACGACAACACUGCCAUGGAGAAUUUACUCAAGAGCAUCGAGACUGUUCGGAGAUUCAGGGCCUCUCAGUUUGAUCUGGUGAAAGCUGGACACAAGGCUGAAGGGGAGGUCAUUUCUGUUAACAUGGUCUUCUUGAAAGCUGGAACUCCUUCUCCUACUGGUUUUGUCAUGAAUUUGCAACCAUCAGAAGCUCAAGCAGGUUUUGAUAUCCGGGUCCCACCAACGGCAGAUGUAGUAUCCUUGGAGAGACGAAUUGCAGAGGAAUGGGCGCCUGCUACUCGUAAUAUGACCUUUGAGUUCAAGCAGAAGGGAUCUACAUAUAACAAGUUUGGAAAACAAAUUCUUACAGCAUUUGACAGUUCAAAUCCUUGGUGGGCUCUUUUAGAAGAUGCAAUAAAAAGUGCCGAUGGGGAACUUGGAAAACCUGAGAUAUUUCCUGCUUCAACAGAUGCUCGCUAUUUCAGGGAACUUGGAUUACCAGCAAUUGGCUUUUCUCCUAUGGCAAACACACCAAUUCUACUUCAUGACCACAACGAGUUCCUGAACAAGAAUGAGUACUUGCGGGGGAUUCACAUGUACGAGUCAAUAAUCAAAGCUUAUGCAUCAUACGUUGAACCUACGAAAGAUGAAGCUUCCAGGGCGGAGUUGUAAGGAAGGGAAGAAGCUGGAUCAGUAAAGACAAACCAGCAAUACUUUCCCCACUGAGCACCUCUGUAUGAAUUCCAACUUUUGAGUUGAGUUUGCUUUAGGCCCUAAUCAAUUUGUAAAGCUUGUUGGCUGACAACUAUUUGGACUCGAUUAUAAUACAGUGGCCGACUAGUUUCAUUAAAUUAUUAUAACGAUUUUGAUAUUUUCACCA